UUUUCAACCCAAAGCCAAUUCCCAAAUGUCAAACUUCCAAAUAUGCCAUAUUUCUCAAUUUGCAUAGGAAUAAAUAAGUAGGUUUAUCCAACCAGAUCCAGUGGGAUUAUAUAUAAUUUUUAUAAAUUUAAUUCCGUAUAUAAUCUCUGUAAAAAUAUCAGAUUAUAUCUCUAUAAUUCCUAAAGCUUUGACCAAAUUACAACAAACACCGUCCGUAUCUCGACGUUAGAAAGACAAGGCGGAGACGACGGAGAUUCAACGUUGCAACACGGCGGAAGACGACGAAGGAUGGGUGAUCUACUCGAUUGGAUUAUCUCCUUUUUAUUCCUCGUAACCCUUCUCAUCAUCGUUAUUUACCAGCUGACAUGUUUGGCGGAUCUAGAGUUCGAUCGUAAAAACCCUUACGAUUCAUCAGCCAGUAUAAACCGGUUAUUUCUACCGGAAUUUGGUUUGCAAGGACUUUUGUGCUUAUACUAUGUCUUAACCGGACAUUGGUUCAUGACAGUUUUGUCUCUUCCUCACCUUUUCUACAACAUUAAACUGUACGUGAAAAGGGAACAUUUGGCAGACGUGACAGAGAUAUACAAUACGAAUAAAUGGGAGCAAAAGAAACGAGUUUACAAGAUUGCUCAUAUCGCUCUAUCCAUUUUUAUCACAUCCUUUUGGUUGAUACACUCGGCAUUGGGAGACAUCUAAGGUUGGAGAAAUCACCGGACUUCACCAAUUUUGUUUGCCAUGACAAAUCAUUAUGUAGCUCUUCAUUUUUUUUUUUAAUGAAUUUUGUUGUUCUUUUUUUUUUUUUCCUUUUGGUAUACCUCUUCGGUUCGUUACACAAAUAGUAACGACGAUUACACAUGAUAUAAUUUAUGAAUUUAAAAUGUAUCUUCAUUGUGGGAAAUUCUUGAUCCUUACAUUGCAAGGUUCUAGGCUGUAAGG